AUGCCACGCCGCCAAUUUGUUGCCGACUUGGCAAAAUCGCAAGCUGGUGUCUUGCCCGCCGGUAUUACAAAGCUCCAAGCUGGUGACGACGACGGCGAAUUUCAUUUCUUCUUCACAGCAGAUGGUGCAUCUGCCGCCGUGAAGGCAGAACCUUUUCGAAUAACUGCUUGCGUUUCAGAAUUAUCCGACUAUCCGAAAUCACACUCAUAUUUUCUCUAUGCCGAAGAUGAUGCCCCAGCUCUCAUAUCAGAAGCCCUUCAAAACUUCCGAGGAACAACCGGCAAGGAUGUUUCUGAGCUAGUUGACCUUGUGGCUGGCAAUCUCCGACGACUCUCAACGAGUGAAGACAUUCCGGACGAGGACGAUGAUGUGUACACAGAUGACGAGGUCAUGUCGGAUGGGCUUUCGUCCAUGGACGAGCUGGAUGGUCUCCCCAUCGACGCCUUCGAUGAAUCAGAUUUCCUGGGCACAGCUGCAUCAGGCCCGAAGGCAGGCUACGUGGAAAAUGUCGGCCCAGUAUUUCGUGCUCGACUCCGCAAUGACAUUCGUGCUGUCAAGUCGGCGGGCUUCCGAGUCGGAAUGCUAAAACAUCAAAUCAUCCAUGGCGGCGCUGCCUAUAUCACCGUGUCGAUCCGCAUGGCAAAAUUAAAUAUUUCACCUGAAGCUAUGCGUGCCUGGCAGGUCGAGCCAAACGAAUACCUCAUCAUGAUCAUCAACUACCCGAGUGGAUACAGAGAUUCAGAGGAGCUUCAGAAAGUGCCCAAAUCGGAACUCAAAAACUACCUUGGCUUUCGUGUUGUUGCUGGCCCGUCCUACAAACCGCCUCUCGAGGACGCCGUCAGAGCGUUUUCGAGUGAUGACACAAGGGGCAAAGCCAAGAGUGAAAGAAAUCAAUCAAGCUCGGCGGUCCGCAAUACCUUCAUCUCUAAGCCGUUAUCAAGACUUCUCGAGACGAGUUUGCUGCCGGUGCUCAACAUACGUUCGCUCGCGCUACCGUGGCACGGAGCAGAAGCUUGGUACGCUGAUCUAGUAACAGGGAUGGCUGCAUCAGAGCUAGGCCAUAUUCCUCCUCAAUACUUUGAACCAGAAAUCAUACGAAGCGACAUCCCCGCCGUUCUUAAAGCGGAUCACUUUCCUGAAUGUCCGAACAACCACUCACUACCGCUCCUAGCUAUGCAAUUCAUGUUGCGGCACUUCGUUCGCUGUACGGAAUUCUGCCUUGUGUGUCAUCGCAAAAUUGACAGCGACGUCGAAGCUAUCAAGCCCUACGUCUGUGAGCGAAACCUUUGUCUGUACCAAUACAUGACGCUAGGUUUCGGUCCUAAUCUAGAACAUGAGAUCGCAACACAGCCAUAUGUUGUUGAUCUCCUUGUCUCGUUCUGUUAUGCUUCCGCGCAGGCAGGGGUCCUUAAAGAUCUGCCAGAUGGGCUGGCUUUGCUCCUCCCGCCACUGACAUCCCGAGGGAGACUCCCGAUGACAACAGUGUACACUUCCUCGAACAAUUCAUCGCACCAGACGUACCAAGUUCGGUACGACCCAGCCACUCAUGACAUUCUUUUCCUGGACAAAUUGAUCACAUCGCCAAUUUCUGCGGGCACUUGGAUACUAAUAGUCGUGUCGACAGAAAUGAAAAAAGAAUUCUACUGCAGAGUCCGAGAUGCCAACUUUUUUCCGAAGGUCGAGCUCGAUGAGCCUGUGGAAAUGGCAGUGGCGCAGCGUCCUCAUAGCGAAGUCAAGGUUGCAGUGGUCCCAAGUACAGCAAGUCCUGCGAAACCAAUCAUCGAAAUCCCGGCAGUCUUUGCCAUCUGCAACCAAGACAUCGAACAGCUAGAUAUUAUUUCAAAGCAGACAGCAAUCUGUCGUGUGCUAGACACUUUGCCUUCUGUGAAAGAAAUGCGAGAAUAUGUCAGCACAGGAAGGUCUCUCAAGCAAUGGGUGGAGAGAAUCAUGCCAUCGGCACUUUCUCUGCUCACAUGGAUCAUUGCAAGCAACCGCGCGUGCCUCAUCCAAGUUGAUAGCGAUUACGUACCCAGCGAUCAGGGCGGUACCGUAAGCCCGGAGCGCGUCUACGGAAUGUCCAAAUUCCUGCAAUUUCGCUUUGCCAUGGGUGCGCCGGAUAAGGAGCAACGAUUUUUGGGCGAAGUCAAAAGUGUGCAAGAGCGCCUCAAGUUACAAUAUCCGACCCUUUUUGCGUGGCAUGGAUCCCCUCUUCACAACUGGCAUAUGAUCAUUCGAGAGGGCCUUCACUACAACAAGAUAGUCAAUGGCCGUGCAUAUGGUCAUGGCGUAUAUCACGCUAAGGAUGCCGGCACAUCACUGGGAUACACUCGAAAUCAACAGGGCAACUGGCCAAACAGUGCUCUCGGUAUGAGCGGAGCGCUGGCUUUGAGCGAGAUCGUCAAUGCUCCCCAGGAGUACGUUAACACCAAUCCCUACUACGUAGUAAGUCAACUUGACUGGAUCCAGACGCGCUACCUGUUUGUCAAGGCGUCGGAGUUCUCCGAUACCACUGCCGACGUCAGACCUGCGGAUCCGCAUCUUCAGGAUCCCGCAUGUACCCCGCGAGGUGCUACAGGAGAGCCAAUCGUGAUUCCCGCUUUUGCCAUCAAGUCUAGCAGAUUAGGUCCUGCUAGUCCAACUUCAAACCGGAUGCACAAUCCAUUCAAGAAACAAAAGUUCCACACAUUGGAUACAGGAUCCGCUGAAUGCUCUCCGACAUCAGGUGAAUUUGAUGCUGCUUCCUGGGACGCGCAAAGCAUCGCCACCGAAGACGAAGACCUCGAAUUGCUCAUCGAAGAAGAGAAUUCAAAUGAGGCAGAGUCUCAACGAAUCACGGGGCCGUCCACCGACUUCGUUCCGGGAAGCCUAGAUUUUGACCAUCUGCCGCUUAUGGCGGUUCCUGAGUAUGCUAGCCCACAGACAACCCGUCAGCUCAUGCAAGAGAUAAAGGCCCUUAGUAAGGUUCAGAAGUCUACCAGCCUUGGCGAACUUGGUUGGUAUAUCGACUUCGACCGAAUUGAGAACAUCUACCAGUGGAUUGUUGAGCUUCACUCAUUUCAUCUUCUCGAGUCCACUGAUACAAAGCUGCCGCUCGUCGCAGAUAUGAAAAAGCAAAAGAUCACUAGCAUUGUGUUCGAGGUGCGCUUUAACGGCGACUUUCCGUUUUCGCCACCAUACGUGCGCGUGAUCCGUCCUCGCUUUCUCACUUUAGCUGAAGGAGGUGGCGGCCACAUUGUACAAGGCGGCGCGAUGUGCAUGGAGCUUUUGACCAACACCGGCUGGAGCAGCGUCAGCUCACUAGAAAGCGUGCUGCUACAAGUUCGCAUGGCCAUGAUAAGCCAUCCUCCUGCAAGACUGGCUCCUGCUUCGCAUUCCGAUUACGGCGCUCGCGAGGGCGCGGAUGGCUACCUACGGGCUUGUCGCGCGCACGGAUGGGCUGUGCCACCAGGUUUCCACGAGAUGAGUCACCAAUCGACUAUAGCGGUUAAGCAGAAGCCAUGAGGUCAAAGAUCUUGUCGUGUUUGACGGCGGUCUCUUCCAGUCCCGAUUUCUUGACGUCAAUCACAUGAUUUGAAAUGUAUGCUUACGAAGAUUAUGCUUGUCACGCCCACCAGAGAAGAGCGCGUCGUCUCCUACGCAUUUCAUGUAUUAACAAUCGAUCACGUAUUCAAUGUUUCAGCCGUUCCGAAGGAAUGGUCACUACCGGACGCUCCAAGAUGUCCUCAUCUUCAUUAAUUCGAAUAUUGCGUGAAAUGUUCUGGAGCGAAUUGGCUUCUCGGAUGGCAGAUUAAACCAUCAUAGUCGUUCAUUCAUCGCAGU